ACUGGUCUCGCCGUCGUGCGCGAUCGCGCGGCCCGGUUCACAGUUCGUUUUGGCCACUGCAGUGACAAACAUCGCGUAAGCCUCUCUCAACACGGCAGCUCUAUUUAUUUUGAAAAGUAAAUUUUACAAACUACCAGCAUUAAUCUGCUGCUGCAGGAAAGUGCUAAAAAAAAGGAAAAUAAACAAGUUUGCAGCAUCGAAUUUGGCGCGUCUGUGUGAGUGUCAGUGUCAAUGUGCGGCGGUGUGCAAACCUAUGCCAGCUAGUGAGCGCAUUCGAUGCUGCAUGUGUGAGAAGUGCAAGUGCAAAGCUAAUCGAGAUCGCAAAACCAGAUCGACGCUUACCGGUGAGAAAAAGUGAAACCCCGGCACGGUGAAACCAGUGAGCCAAGAUCAACCGAAGAAAGUGAACCCAGCCCUGCAGCCCUGUCUUUGGCGCAUUGGCGGACGAGACGUUUCACUCAGCAAUAACGAUGUCGAUGGGACAAGCGUCGUGGAAAGCGCACGGGAUCAUCCUGGCGGCGCUGGUGAUCGGGCUCGCCAGUGGACAGCGCCAGGACCAGGAGGACCCGUGCAAAACCAAGUCGAAGGUGGUCGGUGACGUGACGUACUGCGAUCGGUACUGGGAGUGCAUCAACAACCAGCCGGAGCUGUACGACUGCCCGAACGGGCUCGUGUUCGCCGGCAAGCACCGGGGCGUCACGGAGGGCUGCGACUACCCGUGGCGUUCGAACUACUGCGACGGCAAGCAACUGGCAAACGGGCCAAUCUCGACGGAGCACUGCGAUUGGCUUUACGGCAUCUUUGGGCACGAGACGUCCUGCACGCGGUACUGGACCUGCUGGAACGGUACGGCGACGGAGCAGCUCUGCAUCGGUGGGCUGCUGUACAACGAGAACGCGCACAGCUGCGAUUGGCCCGAGAACGUUGAUGGAUGCCAGAAGCACCCACUCUGCAACGAGGAUGCGAAUGGCAACGUGCCGCUAGGCAAGUCCUGCAAUCGCUACUGGCAGUGUCAGGGUGGCUACCCGCGGCUGCAGCGCUGCCCCGCCAUGCUGGUGUUCGAUCGGCGCAGUCUGCGCUGUGUCGUGCCACCGACCGAGGACUGUGAUGUGCCAACGACCCCGCUGCCCUUGGAAUACGAACCAGAGCAGCAGCAGCAGCAGCAGCAACAGCAGGGCAAGGGAAAUCCAAACGCCAUUUACCAACCGUCCGGCGCCGGUGGACUGCAGGGUGGCAAAUUGCAAUCGGGAGGACGAAACAAGAACUAAACAAUCACUGUCAUGCCACCAACACA